AUGUGUUGGGAUUUAAUUCAAUCAAAGGAGGACUGGGCUAUCUUGUUAAGAAGCAGGGUUUUAAGACAGUCAACAUGCAUCAAGCAUCAUGUCUUCUCUUCUAUUUGGAGUGGAACUAAGAAUGAAUACCAGGUUAUCAGAGACAAUUCCAGAUGGAUAGUGGGAAAUGGUGCAAGUAUUAAUUUUUGGUUAGAUGACUGGUGUGGGGAACCUCUCGUUCAAUCUUUCAAUCUUCAACCAGUCCAAGUUUCUCAAUUCCCCAAGAAGCUUUGCAAUUAUAUUCAAAACUUCCAUUGGUAUCUCCCUGCAGAAGUGUCUCAGAUGCUCCCUAAUCUAAGAAGUUUUAUCUCUCAAGUUCUUAUUCCUAGACAGGCUAAAGAUGACUUUCUGAUUUGGAAGCACAAUCUCACUGGAAUACUUACUCUAAAAGAUGCAUAUGAGUUCAAAAGACAACAUUUCCCUAAGGUUCACUGGACAAAAACCAUCUGGUCAAAGGAUUUCCCUCCUUCAAAAGCCCUGCUGGUCUGGAGAUUGAUGUUGAACAAGCUUCCAACUGAUGAUAUCCUCACCACUAGAGGUUGUUCCCUGCCAUCCAUGUGCUCUCUCUGUGGUAAAUUUUCAGAAUCUUCUUUUCACCUCUUUUUUGAAUGUUUGUAUGCUGUUAAUCUUUGGUGUUGGCUGGCCGCUACCAUAAAUAGAACCCUCCAUUUCCAAGCUCCUGAAGAUAUGUGGGAAAUAUCCAACAGCUCCUGGAAUCCUCAAUGUAAAGUGUUCGGUUCGGUUCAUGGUUCUUUUUGCCCACCCCUAGUGGUAAUCACUGCCACCAUGAUCAACAUCAUAAAUUCCAUUUGGUAUGCUAGAAACCAAAUGAGGUUCAAAGAUAACAAGAAUCCAUGGAAAACUUCUCUUUCCAAUGUGUUAGCCUGCACAACUCUUUGUGGUAAUCUGACUACGGCUGUGGCAUCUUCCUGCAUCUCUAAUUUUGUCCUCUUGAAAAAGUUCAAUGUCAUCCUUCACCCUCCAAGGGCCCCUAAGAUCAUAGAGGUGAUCUGGAAGCCUCCUCCUCCUAAUUGGAUCAAGUGCAACACUGAUGGGUCCUCAAAUAAUCUUAUAUCGUCUUGUGGUGGUGUCUUUAGAGACAUUAACUCCAACACUCUCCUUUGCUUCGCAGAACAUACAGGUAUGGGGAAUGCUUUCCAUGCAGAGCUUUGUGGUGUCAUGAGGGCCAUUGGACUAGCUGAGCAAUACAAUUGGUCCAACCUUUGGUUGGAAUGUGAUUCUGCCAUUGUCAUUAAUGCCAUCAAGAACAAAACACUAAUUCCAUGGGAGAUUAGAAAUAGAUGGGAGAAUUGUAUGUAUAUUAUUUCUUCUAUGAAUUUUUUUGCUACUCAUAUAUUUAGAGAGGGGAAUGCAUGUGCUGAUUCUCUAGCCAGUCUAGGAUUACCUCUUGAUCACCUUAAGAUUUGGUUUGAUGCUCCUGACUGUAUAAAGUCUUCCUUAGCUAGGAACAAAACUGGGAUGCCAGAGUAUCGUUUUGUAACUUUCUAA